CCCAUGUGCUUGUGGUUGUUUUUUGUCGGUUGUCAUUCGUAGUUUGUACCAUGGUACGCUUUACAAAAAAAUUGAACGAUCUUAUAGUUUUAGUACACUUUUUUGAAGAAGACAGAUUUUCAAUUAUGAAACUAAAGGACUGUUUGCCAAAGGAUACCCUUGAUUUCAUGAAUGAAAACUUUAACAUUGAAGAAUGGAAUCGUGACAAAGUUAUGCAAGUUUCAUGGGACGGCAUAUGCUACCCUGCACGUUUUCUACAAUUUAGUGACGAUAGAAGAAAGAUGAACAUUUUUAUGCACAGAUUGGAAAAAAACGAAAUUACAGUUAAUGAAGUACCCAUCCUUCAAUGUAACAAUGUGAAGACAAAUGACCAUUUAAAGAAUGGAAAAGAUAAUGUUGACCAGAUGAAAAGAAAGCGUCAUUUAUCUUCAAGCUCUACAGACAAUAGAAAUACAAGAAAGCAAAGUUCAGAAAAUGUUUCAGUAAUAGUCAAAGAAGAAGCUGAUGAAGGAGAUGAGACGGAAAACAAAAUGACUGAUGCUGUUGAUAAUCCAACUGAAAAUACGACAAUGAUGGUUGAUAGAUCAAAUGAUGUGAAUGAAAAUCACCAAAUGAAAAGAAGGUCUUGUUUAUCUUCAAGUUCUACUACAACAAAAAAUAAAGCUGCUAAAAAACGGAAUUCAAAAACAGCAGCUGUCUCAGAAGGAAUUGAAAAAGAUGAGGGAGAAGACACAAUGACUAAUGCUACUUACAGCCCUGUUGGAGAGAUGAUCUUGACUGAUGAUGCAGCUAUUACUGUAAAUGAAACUCCUGAAAUAGAGAAAGAUGCAAAACAAUGGAUUUCAGAAAUUUUUCCAGAGUUAGCGGUUGACAGUAAUAUUGUUGCAGGGUGUAACACUUGUAAAUUUGCCAAUGUUAAUAAUAAAUUUUUAAAGAAACAAUGCAAAAGUCUGGAAACAGAAAAUUAUGAACUAAACGGAGAAAAUGCUGUAUUAAGGGCGAAACUAAAAAUACGGAAGGAAAAAUACCGAAAUUUAAAAAGCCAAAUGAAGGAAUAUAAAAGAGAAAGCAUUGCAUUAGCUGAAUCAAAUCUAAUUAAAAUUGGAAAUUCAACUUUCAUUGACAAGAACAAACUAAUUUUGUGUCGUACAUCAGAUUAUAGUAAAUUCACAGGUGAUUUAUUAGAUUUUGUUUUUGGAAGAGACAUUCUUUCUAAAAGCUGUAUGAAAGGGAUGAAUGGUACUUCAAAGACACCUCUACCUGCUGAGUCUUUGCAAGAUAUUUUAUCUUUCGUUUCUUCUAAAUUUAAUGUUGCUGUUGGAUCUGUCAGAGCUUCCAUUAGGCAGAAGUUGAAUAUAUGCCACAAAGCUGCUUCUUAAGUCUGAUG